AUGGCGUUUCUCGCCGAGUUUGGUGCCCUAACAGACGAGCUUGUCACCAUCAUCACAUCCACCUCACCUGCUUCUCAUCCAAGUAGGUUCAACAGCUUCCGCGAGUCUGCCCUUCGCAGCCUGAGGAAUCGGAAUUACCUGCAGACCAAUCACUUUCUAGUUGAGGACCAACUCCGUGGCCUCGUGGAGCGCUUCUCAGUCGUUGGACGAGAUGGGCUCUCAGAAGCAUUAAGGCAGAGGCUCGACUCUCUGUCAACCAGAACUACCAGGUUCACACCUGAAUUAUUACACCUCUUCCUUGAGUUAUCUGACAGGCCCACACAAAAAACGUCACUCGAUGUUUUGGAGCGCCUGCGUCCUCCAGACCAAGACCCAGGUCUGAAACUGCGAUGGGAAGACAUCGCCAAGGAGGAUGGUUGGGCGCAGGAGCGCGGUCUCUGGAAGAACGUCGACUUUGCCGACAGCUCAGAGGAUGAGCUUGUCCAGGACUCCCAGUCACAGGCUUCGGAAGACUCAUCGGACACCUCGAUAUCUAGUGCGACUCAGACUAAGAGAACGGCAAGAGACCUUAUUCUUCCACAAAACGACGGUGAAUCGGCGCUCGAAAUCGUGAGAAAGUCUCAAGAAUGGCGAAAUGCUGCGCUUCCUAGGGAUGAGGCAGGCCGGCCCCUAAAGAUACCCAUUUCCGAGCUCCAAAUCCUACGUGAAGCCUUAUUCAUGCUCAACGGCCUACCGUCAGAUCUGUUUGGCACAGAUUGUACGCCCGUGGCCAGAUACCAGCUUGCGGAUAUCUCAUGGGAUACCUAUAGGGCCUUGAUCAACUCCUUUGCCGAAUGUGGUCGAACCCUGCUUCCUCUGCGCAAAUUCUGCGAAACGAUACAGGAUAUCCCCAUGGUCCAAGCCUUCCAGGACUCCGUUUGUGAACGACUGAGGCUGUUUGACCGGGAAAUCGCCUUGAUACAGCAUCGAUUCGUUGACAUCAAGAGUGAUACAAUUGUCAGCUUGAUCUCCCUUCAGGAGGAGCUCAAGUCACACCUUACUCCUCUGACUGCACUUGGCCACGUGGUCCGUCAGCUACAGGAUGAACGCUUCGCUCAUGCUUUUCGCUGCCUCGAGCUGCUCUAUGAUGCGACUUGUAUUGCUCAACUGAGUGGGGAUGUACGUACGUACAGCUUCUUAGGGGUCAUCUUUUUCGAAUGCUUCAGAGUUUACACCAUUCCCAUAAGGCGGUGGAUGGAGGAAGGCCAUCUGACGCCAGGAGACAAGACGUUUUUCGUUGCGGAGUGUUCAACUCCCGUCCCUCUGCAUCAGAUGUGGAGCCACAAGUUCGAACUCCGGCGAACUCAUGACGACCAACUGCAUGCACCUAAUUUCCUGCAACCGGCAUUGAGGAAGGUCUUCAACACUGGAAAGAGCGUGGUUGUCCUCAAGCAGCUUGGGCGCUUCCGCAGCGUCAGAGACGAUCCCGCAGCUCACACGCUAGAGCCCCCAUUAGAUUUCGAGUCUAUCUGUGGCUCCCCAGAUCUCACUCUCGCGCCGUUCUCGGAGCUCUUCAGCGAUGCAUUCGACCUCUGGAUUCAAAGCAAAUAUUACUCGACGGCUGCAAACCUCCAGGCAAUACUGUUCGAAUCCUGCGGGUUGUGGUCCAGCUUUGAUGUGUUGCAGAAUAUCUACUUCAUGUCAGACGGCUCCAUAUCCGAGAUAUUCUCAUCUUCCAUAUUCUCAAACCUGGAUGAGAUGAACACUACUUGGACAGACCGUUUCAGCCUCACAGAGGCCGCUCAGGAGGCUUGGUCGCAGUACUCCGGCUUAGAGAUCCGACGAAUAGCCGCUAUCUUGAAUAAGUUGUUCAUCAGCUGCAGGAGUUAUGACGAGACAAGCGAACAACUAGCAUUUUACAGCCUCCGCUCGCGCCUGAUCUGGUUCACAAACAUCCUCCAGACCUACCUUACCACCCUCGUCCUCGCCCCCAACAUAGCACGUAUGCGCGGCGACGUCCGCAAUGCAGAAGACGUCGACGACAUGAUCAAGAUCCAUUCUGCCUUCUCGAAACGCAUCAUGGAGGAGGCAUUUCUGGGCGCCAAGCUGGAGCCCAUCAAGGAGUGCAUGCUCGACGUGCUCGACCUGGCCAUCAAGCUCGAGGACGCAAGGCUGGCGGAGGAGGAAAAGAGGGCGAGCGAGGCCGCGGGCAUAUCCCAGCAUGACGACCUCACCACGCCAAAGCGGCCGGGCGCAGGCGGCGCCAUCAGUAGCGAGAAGACACCGAGGUCCGGCGUCUACGUCAGUCCCAAGGAGAGGGAGAGGGAGGAGGACAAUACCAUCCUCUUCGGCGACGGCGAUGAUGACGACGAGGACUUCGGCGUCCAGGACCCGGUCAACACCCCGAAGCAGAACCAGAAGAAGCAGCAGCGACAGACGUACGCCGAGGUCCUCAUGGGCAUCCGCGCCGACUUCGACCGGCAUCUGCGCUUCAUCGCGGGCAGCCUGCGCGGCGUGGCGAGAGCUUCGGUCGACGCGGCCGCCCCGAAGUGGGAUAUCCUUGCUGAGAUGCUGGAGAUGGGCAUUAGAGAUAAUAGCAGGCAGGCCGCUUAG